GCAAUGAUCUGGCAAAAAUUGUGCGCAUGUCGUGUGGUGGUCGUCCUUCGUGUUUUUGUUUUGUGUACAAAAAUAUCAAUCUGAGCUGUUUAAUUCAAUUUUAAUCAGUUUAGUUUAGAUAAGAAUUGGUUUAUUUCACGUAAAAGCGUUUUGAUUAGAAGAUAUUUCAUAUAACCUAAAAAUGGCUUCAACGCUGUUUUUUGGUAGCGAGUCCCAGUCGAUAACGAAUUUGGACGCGAAAAAAAUUCGCCAGAGUCCGCACGCUAUUGUCGUUAACGAUUUUUCGAUACAGACUGGGAUUCUCUACAAAAAUAAGGAAGUUCUGGAAAACCCCAUCUACUGGCAUAAGUUUAUUGUGAAUAACGCCGAGGAUUUUAGCCGGGACUUGGUUUUGAAAACAAUUCUGGACCAUGUGCAACCGAUGGAUUUAAUCCCGGUUUUCUUCCUCAAAGAAGGCAGUUCUGCUUCGUUCCUUGCGCGGAACUGUGGAGCAGCGAUUGAAAAAAUAUGUAAAGAUAAUUUGAUUAUUGAUAACCCGUAUGUGAAAAACCAACCAUUCAAGCUCACUAUUAUAUUAAGGUUUUCCACAACAAACGACGUGAAAAUCGAUGUUUCAAAAAAUAUUUCCAAAGUGUUAAGAAAGAGAACAAACCCAGCCACUGCAACCAUAAACCUUGAGAAUUUCUACCAAGACUCUGAUUUAACAGAGUUUUGUAUUUUGUCCCAACCUAAACUCAUGUCUUACGUGUUACAUUUAUCCCGUCUAGCAAAACCCAAAGCCAUAAUCUUAAGUAAUAACGAAAUCAGAAGUUUGGUUCCGAUUGAGGCUCUAUGGGGAAUCAAUGUGACAAGUUUAGAUUUGAGAAAUAAUUUGAUAAUGAGUUUGACCGAACUCGAACCUUUGACACAACUUAAGAUUACUGAGCUUUGGUUGGAAGGCAAUCCUCUAUGUGAUAAUUACGAUGAGCACACUUAUAUUCAAAGAGUUAAGGAGUAUUGUCCAAAAAUUGAAAGACUUGACGGUGUUUUAUUGAAACACAACGGCUUUCCGUCAUUUAGAAGAAACUUUUUGUGUAACAGCUGUGGCCAUAAUUUAGUUGACCAAUUUCUAGAUUAUUACUUCACUUCCUACGACUCUUCAAAUCGAGGCAUGCUUAAAAAUUUAUACCACAAGGGUGCCCUAUUUUCGUUAACUGCUGACUAUCACUCUACGCAGUUGUCUUCAGCUUCAGCCCAGUUGAAGCGUUACAAGACGCACUCCAGAAAUUUACUUUCUUUAGCAGACUUAUCUCGGAGCGAUUUGAAUUUACAGCAAGGAAGUAAAGCGAUUAUAGAUUUGUUAAAUUUAUUACCGCCGUCAGAACACGAUCCAUAUUCUUUCACGGUCGAUUUAAUACAUUAUUCGGAUGUUUGUGCCAUUGUCGUUGUCACUGGAGUCUUUAAAGAACUGCCAGAGACAAUCUUGGACGCGGAGCGGUUUAUGGGUUUUAACAGGUGUUUUGCACUUGAAUCCAUAAAUGGAGAGUAUUGCAUUAUUAAUGAACAAAUGCAUGUCUUCAAUGCGCUCACUUCGCAGCAAGUGAAGGCAUUCAAACACGAGAGGCCCAUCAGGCCGCAAAUGCUCCCACCUGCUCAAACUGCUAAACAGAAGAGUCAGGUUAUUACAGCAAUGAAACUCAUUACAAAUUUGACCACCGAAUGGGCCAAAAAGUGUUUAGAAGAAUGCCACUAUGAUUUCAAAAGCGCACUUGCGCUCUUUGUAGAUCUGUAUAAAGUGGAUAAAAUUCCCGCCGACGGAUUUCAAAAUUAAGCAUCUCAACCAAAAUAUUCAUCACAAAUAAAGGAUUUUUAAACUAAAA